CGUUUGACCCGGAUGUUGAUUUGAUGUUAAACUGGUAAUUUCGCCGGCGAAACUACAAUGAGGAGUUGCUAGCAUUUAUAGGCCACUUAAUAUUCCUAAGCGAAUCAUUACUAGAUGUCCAGAAAAAUAUCUCAUCGUGGUGUUUAACAGGUGUUUUGCCCAGAGCAGAGUCUUUAACCAGCUGCAGACAUGUCUCAAUCACCAGCAGAGAAAACUAGCGGCGAAACCAGCUUGGAUACAAAUGAAUCGCAGAAGAGCAACUCGGGAAAGACGCCGAUACAGAUCCUGCAUGAAUACGGCACCAAAAGCGGCAACCUUCCUGUGUACAUGAUGGAGAGGGCUGAAGGAGAGGCUCACCAGCCCAGCUUUGUUUUCAGCGUGACGGUCGGUGACGUUAGCGGCACCGGGCGAGGUCCGAGUAAAAAGGCUGCUAAACACCAGGCUGCAGAGGCUGCUCUAAAAGCGCUGAACAUAGACGCUGGAGUCAUGAAUGUUCCAAGGAAAUUUGACAGUAAUGGUGUGGCUGCAGACACAGACAAUCAUCCCAACUCUGUGGGGUUACUGCAGGAGUUAGCAUUACAAAGAGGAUGGCGCCUUCCUGAAUAUAUAUUUUUAUCGGAGGCUGGUCCACCACAUAAGAGAGAAUUCACAGUCACUUGUCGAUUGGAGUCUUUAUCAGAGAAGGCUGUAGGAAAUUCGAAAAAAGCUGCAAAAAAGACAGCUGCAGAGAAAAUGGUGGCAAAACUUCAGAGUCUAUCAGGCUGUUCUGAAAUCACAUGGAGUCCUCAACCAAGUGUCCGAUUUGAGAACUUAAGGAACUCGACGGCAGAGAAGAUAUCUUUACUGAGAAGAAACCCGCUGAGCAUUCCCAACACAGACUACAUUCAGAUGAUAUUGGAGCUUUCCAAAGAGCAAGGCUUUGAGGUCAUAUACUUUGAUAUCGAUGAACUAACAGUGAACGGACAGUAUCAGUGCCUAGCAGAGCUGUCCACCUCCCCUGUCACCGUGUGCCACGGCACAGGCAUUUCCUGUAGCAACGCCCACAACGACGCAGCCCACAGCGCACUGCAGUACAUCAAGAUCAUGGCCUCCAGCAAAUAAACAACACCACUACCAGCAGUCGCUCCACCCACAAUGUCACAUAUAUCAGCUGAUGCCCAGUCACGAUGAGGUCUUCCUGCGAUACGGGGCUCGGGUAUAUUUUUGUAAUCAUGCACAUGACAAAGCAGAGUGAAAAUGCAGUAACUGAAAAUGAAUUAACUUUAUUUUUCACCUUUAUUUACACUUCUGUGGAGACCGAAGUAGAAGAAUCAGAGCAGAAGUGCGGUUGUUCAGACGCGGGAAUGUUUUUACUUUAAAUGUUUCAAAGUAUGUUCUAGUUCCUUUGUAUCUUUUUACAUGCAUCAUGUGUGGAGUCAUGGCUUUAAAUGUCUACAGUUUUACACAGUUUGUGGACUGACAUAUGGAGACAGAGGAUAUGCAUUUUUUAAAAUUAUUUAUUUUUUUUCCUAUUUGCACUCUUCCAUCUGUCUUUAUCGGUUUGACUCAAAAUAGAAAACAGCAUUGCUGGUCUGUUGCGAUUGUUUUGCCGUGCGCCUCUGUAUACCUACAGAAGUAAAAUGUGUUAUAUAUUUAAUAGAUUUACUGACUGGUGUUCUCUGCUGUAUGAACUUACUGCUGGUCGAGAAAAAUAGCAGCAACAGCAUCCAAUAAUAAAACCUAAAUGUUAA